CAUCAAGUAAAAACGAUAAAAACGCGGGAGAUAUUUUCGAAAAGCGCUCCAACAACAACAACAGCAGCAUGUCACUGUGUUGGUGUACACGAGAGUCGCCUGUAAAUGUUAGCUCUAAGAGCGCGCAAGUGUCCCCUGUAAGAGCGGCACUGCUGGGCUCCAAUGCGCAUCGAUCGACAGCGCGGGCAGGGGAGGGGGCGUUGUGCAGAGAGUCAGGCAGUGCCCAUGGCUAUGGCUGGCUGGCUGGUUGGCCGAUGUGCCAGGGCUUGAUUUAAAUUCACCGCAUACAGACGUUCCGUGGUCUUUGACGACGAAAGACCAGAUCAGUUGAGAUCACGAUCAGCUCGAUGGCACGACGCGUUCAAGCCAAUCGCACCACAACAAGUACCUAGUAGUACAAUAACAAUAAUAACAAUAUCAACGCUUGCAAACGAAUAUUCAAAUAACAACAAAUAUCGAUCAGAAUCAAAACGGAAUCGGAAUCAAAAGCAGCAUAAACGCAGAUUGAACGAAAGCAAUAAAAAUACAAAUAAAAAUAAAAAUAAAAAUAACUAAAAAUACCUAAGUGCAUACAUACAAACAGACGUACGUACAGCGAUCGGGAAAUCGUUGCGUCUCACUUGAUUUUUCCGGUGGAAUAUUUCUAUUCUCUUUGUUGCUUGUUUUCAACUUUGUUUAUUUUGCUCCAACACACAUUUUCCUUGUUCCCCAUUGUUGAUACAAAAAGAUUACAAGGCGAUACACAUAAGUAAAUACAAAGAUAUGAAAAAAGAAUUCGAUGUGGAAAUAAUGAAAUAAUUGUGAGCGAAUGAGUGUAAGAAACAAAGAAGAAAAAAUCCAAAUUAGAUAAAAAAACUUGAAAAUGCAUUUGAAGAAAGUGUAAAUGAUAUGAAAAUGCAGAUAAAUAAAUGAAAAAUGAAAAUUAAAAAUGUUUAGUGAAAUAUAUUAGAGAAAAAAAGGUGAAUAAUAUUUACAUAUUAUAUAUAAAUACAUUUGUAUAUAUGUUGUAUAUAUAAGUGAGUGUAUGUGACAAAAAUGUGUCAGCUGUGAAGAGUGAGUUCGCCAUAUAAUAAUACAUACAUAUGCACUCAACGACCGUUAGUUACCUAUGUAAAUUGAAGGUGCAAUCCGCAACUUGGAGCCAUAAUGAAUUUUUCCGUGCUUAAAAGUAUAAAUCAAUUUGUGCCACAACAACAACAACAAUUGUAAAGACGUAACAACACCAACAACAAAGCAGGUGAUAAUGAUUAUUUCCAAAGAUCUUUUUAUAUUCGGCGAACAAAUAUUUGCAACAAUCAUCCCAGAAAGCGGCGCGUCACCGACCGCACAGCAACAGCAAUCCACAACGCAACAACAACAACAAUUAACGCGCCAGGAUCCGGCCGCUAUUAUAAAUACAACAACAACAACAGCAUUAACGACCGACAUUGCAGCAGCGACUGAAAUAUUGCCCACUGUGAAUACAGUUGAUGCAACAACAACGAAAUUGUCAGCAAAAGACCCCAAAAGCGUUUCAAUCAUCUUCGGAGCAGCUGAUGCUAGCAUUCUUGUGGACGCGAAAACGGAUGAAGUCGCAAAGGAAGUGAAGCUAAAUAACACACAAUACAGCAAACAAUUGCAACAACAGCAACCGCAGCAGCAGCAGCAGCAGCAAAUGAGAACCAGAAGCAGAGAAAGCCAACAGAAGAGUCAAAGCGGCUGCGGCGUCGAAAACGGCUGCAGCAGGACAAACAAGCUGACUGCGAAUCAGACGGGAAAGCGGCAACGCGAACACUUGCUGAACAGUUUCGGCACGGCAACGGCGGCCGCGACAAAAACAACAACAACGGCAAACGCGCCUGCAACAGGAAGCCACGCGGCGACAUCGGUGAUCAUUCAGCUGGAGGAAGAGAAGAAGCCAUUAAUGAAGAGAAAUUUCGCAAAGAUAAUUGCAAAGCCGCUAAUUGCAGGAACAGCCAACACUGGCACUGGCUGUGGCUCGGUCAGUGGCUGUGGUACGGACACGAGUUGCGGUGGUGGCAAGGUGGCGAUCGCAUGCAUAGACGCAACCGCAACAGCAAAUCAAGCAAACGAUUUCGCAACACACGAGGUAACGCCGUUGUUACCAUUACAACAACAACAACAACAACAGCAGUUGCAUCCCGAGUCACAGCAACAAUUGGAGCAUACAAUCGCCGACCAACGUCUCCAAUUGCAACUGCAACUUCACUUGCCCGCGGCUGAGGAAGGUGCUGCCACCGACGAUCUGCCAUCCGCUUCGACCACAACAACAAUCGCCGCCACUUCCGAUCGCGGCAGUUACGACACGACGACCGCAGUCGCCGAAUCACCUUUUGCCGGUCACAAUUCAAGUCUCAACUCCGACGAGGAUUUGCCGUCAUUGACAACAACAACGACGACGACAACAACAGCCACAAUGAGCAAAGUCAUUUUGGGCAACAACACAAGCAGCAGCGAUCAAACAAUGUCCACAUUUCCCUUCAUAUCGGAUGCGGAGCCGCACCACCGCACGCUUCAGUUGUCAUUCCAGAAUAUAAACGUACUGCACAACGAACGCCAGAUUCUCUCCGAUGUGAGUGGCUCCGUAAGGCCCGGUGAGGUUUUAGCCGUGAUGGGCCCAUCUGGCAGUGGGAAGACCACAUUGCUCGACUGCCUCAGCGGGCAGCGGCGUUUCGAUAGCGGCGGCGUCUACCUCAAUCGCGAACCACUCUCGAAGAAGUGGCGUCGCAAGAUCUGCUAUGUGCUGCAGGAGGAGAUAUUCUUCUCUGGGCUGACCCUCAGAGAGACCGUUAUGUACACUGCGCUGUUGCGACUGCCGGAGAAAAUGCCAAAGUCGGAGAAAAUCCAAUUGGUCGAUCGUAUACUUGAGGCGCUGGAGCUAACAUUUUGUCAACAUACGAAAUUCGGCGAUUACCUGAAUCGUGGACUGUCGGGUGGUGAAAAGAAACGCGCCAAUAUCGCAUGCGAGUUGUUAACCAACCCGUUGUUGAUGCUAUUAGACGAGCCAACAUCCGGCCUUGACAGUCAUUCUGCCAUAUCGCUGAUGAAGUUUCUUAAGCGCUACGCGGUGCAAGAGCAGAAGACUGUGGUGAUCACCGUGCAUCAGCCGUCUUCGCAAAUGUUCCACAUGUUCGACAAGCUGCUGUUGCUCUACAACGGUCGCACCGCAUACUUUGGCGAGGUGAAUAAUAUUUACACCUAUUUCGAAAGCAUCGGAGUUGCCAUCAAGCCACACUACAAUCCCGCCGAUUUCGUAUUGGAGCAGUUGAAGUCGUUCCCUAAAAUCCGCGAGAAACUUUUCAUCGCCGCCAAAGAAUCGCAUGGCAACUACUUGAACAGAAACUGCAUUACGGUGAACACGAACAAUCAACGCAACCAGCAGCACCACUCCAACAAUGUCAACAACCAUCAGUUGCACAUGCAAAGCAACGGCGAGGUCCAUUGUGACACAGCCAACACCACCAGCAACAACAGGCCUACUACAACUACCGAGAUCGUGCACGAGAAGCCGCUCAAGCACGAUGCGCUCAUUAACGACAUCAUCAACAACUACUACAAAGACAUACACAACAAUCACACGAAUCACAUCAGUCACGAUGCCAUGCUGAUCAUGUCUGAUCACCAGAACUCCAACGAGGAGGCGUCGCAGCAGCUGUGGUAUGGCCACGAUUCGCAAUCGAAUUCGAGCGCCACCUCCAGUGAUUGUCAGCGCUACGAAAGCUGCGGCGACACCGAUUGGCUCGACUAUCCGACGAGCUUUCACACACAAUUCUGUGUGUUGUCCAGCAGAAAUUUCAAGGAGGCCAAACCGCGUAUGCUGUCCAAGUUGAAUUGGUUCCAAACAAUCGGCUUGGCGCUGAUGGCUGGAUCUAUUUGGUUUCAAAUACCACGCACCGAGGAGUUCCUGCACGAUUUGCAAGGCUGGAUGUUCUUCUCGCAGACAUACUGGAUGCUGUUUGCGCUCUUUGGCGCUUUAAAUUCAUUCCCUGCCGAGCGCGAGGUGAUUAGCAAAGAGCGUCGUUCAGGCGCAUACAGGCUUUCCGCCUAUUACUUGGCGAAAAUGUUUGGCGAGCUGCCGUUGGUUGUGACGCUGCCAACUGUCUACCUCAUGAUAUCCUACCCGAUGUUGGGCUGCACCAGCUUCAAACUGUUUUCCUUGAUGUUGCUCUUUCUGCUGCUCAACACGAUUGUGGCGCAGAGUGUGGGCUUCUUCAUCGGCGCCUGUUGUAUGGACAUGAAUGUCAGCAUCACAUUGAGCGCACUCUAUACGCUGGCAACACAACUAUUCGGCGGCUAUUUAUCGACACGCAUUCCCGAGGGGCUCAGCUGGAUCCGCUACACCUCCAUGAUACACUACGCAUAUCAGAAUAUGCAGAUUUUGGAGUUUCGCGAGGGACCCGCGAUAAGCUGUGGCAACCCUAGUAGCUUUGAAUUCUGCAAAAUUGAUGGCACAACAACACCAGCAACAACCACAUUCAUUCCAUACGAGGAAAUACUCAAGGCGCAAAACUCAACAUCACCGCUGUGGCUCAACACGCUUGUCCUCAUGAUGUUCUUCGUGGUAUUCCGUUGCCUCGGCUACGCGGUGCUGCGCUACGUCCGCUGCCCCAAGACGUGAUACUCGACAGUCCAGUGAGCUUAAUGAAUAAAAGCAGAAAACCACAAAAUCAAAUCAAAUUAUCUCCGAACCCAAAAAGAAUUUCGCCAUGCCCAGUAUAUACAUAUGUACAGCAUAUUUAUGUAUGCAUGAGUGACAUGAUAACUGUUUCGGCCACAUCCGCUAGCGAUGCGAUUUCUUCAUUUCCUGUUGAACACAAUUUUAUUUUAAGAAUGUCGGUUUUAGUUUUGUGAUCAGCAACGCGGUGUCCCGUGCCGAACGUGCCUCGUUGGGCAUUCGGGCGACACCUGCGUUCGUACAUCCUAGUAUAUAAUAUAGAACUAUGUAUGUUUUUUAAAUUUACACAUAUUUUCAUUUCUUUUAAGAAACCUUGUUUUUAAUAUAUGUAUGUAAUGUAUAUAUGUAUGUGUGUGCAUAUUUAUGUCAACACGAUUUUAAUGAAAAUUUUAUGUGGUUAAACCUGAAAGCAUCACUAUGUUACCCAGUAAUCACAAAGGCAGGAUUCAACAAGUAGAACACUAGAGCGCCGAAAGCCGAAACGAAACAGUGGACAGUCAUUUCCUCGUUACAACAACAAGUUACUCGCAUGCAUACUCGUUUAUUCGUGGUCCAGUACUCCCGAGCCGAUGAAUGAUGAGAGUCGAAAGAAGUUUGGCUGCAUGUAUUACCGUUACAUAUGUACGAGUGUGCGGAGCUGGCGCUUGCACAAUUCCAUUGUUGUAUAUACAUAUAAUAAAUAAAUAUUAGUAAUUGAAAAGCGCGGUUAUUAGUAACCGCUACAUAACCAAUACAAAUGUUAGCGCAUACACAAGUAAUAGAAUUUUUUGUUUGUUUGUUUUUCACUUUUUUGUUUUUGAAAAUUACUGUGAUGUAGUAUUCUAGUUUUAUGAUUACAUUUAUAAAUGCACGCCAAUAACAAAUACAAAAAAAAAAACAAAAA